GAUGACACAUUUGACAAAUAAGUAGGCAGAGUUGCCGGACUUACUAAAAAGCGAAUUAAUUUUUCCUUAAUAAUUACGUGACUAUAUUUUAAAUAUUCUAAAUGAAACACAAAAAAUCUUUAGAGACUAAAUUUCAACUCUCCAGACCUAUUAGUAGUUUCCUACGAAAUGAAUUUGAGGCCCACUUGUCAAGCCGGCAACCCUGGAAAGCACCCGGUUUGUUUUGAUGACAUUGACAGCUUGAUUGUUUAUUAAAUUUUUAAAUGUAUGCCUAUUUUUAUUUUCAAUUUAUCUCGUUCUAAACUAAAAAAAACCAAUGAACCACCUGUAAAAACUAACAUGGAGGACCAUUCGAGAACAAUCGUACACAUUGACAUCGACUGUUUUUAUGCACAAGUAGAGGAAGUCAAAAACCCAUCGCUAAAGCUCCAACCGGUGGGUAUCCAACAGAAAAACUGUUUAGUCACCAGCAAUUAUAAGGCGCGAGAAUACGGCUUGAAAAAGUGCAUGUCCGUCACAGAAGCAAAGAAACUCUGCCCGAAGCUGGUGCUGAUAAAUGGAGAGGAUUUACAACACUAUCGACAAUAUUCCUCCAAAGUAUCUGAUCUCUUGAGGGGCUUUUCUGAUCUGGUGGAGCGCCUGGGCCUGGACGAGAACUUUAUUGACGUUACCGCUCUGGUAAAUGAACGAAUGGCAAGUAACUAUACACCAGUGGGGUGCAUUUACGGUGAUGUUAGUGGAACUUGUGACUGUGGCUGUUAUGAAAGGCUGUGUAUAGGAUCUCAAAUUGCUCAGGAAAUGAGAGAUGCUAUAUUUGAACAGUUAAGUUUAACCACUUGUGCUGGCAUAGCUCAUAAUAAACUACUAGCAAAGCUAGUUGGCUCAAAAAACAAACCUAAUAAACAGACUAUUUUGUUUCCCGAUAGUGCCUUAGAAUUAAUGUUGGGUCUACAAAAGGUUUGCGAUAUUCCAUCAAUAGGUGUUGCAACAGGUAAAGUAUUGAAUGAUAUUCACAUUUUUACUGUUAAAGACUUGCAAAGUUGCCAAAUUAGGGAGCUAGAAAUGGCAUUUGACCCAUUGAAAGCUAAACAUCUAAAACAACUUAGUUAUGGUGUGGAUGAGAGCCUUGUGAAACCUUAUGCUAAACCUUUGACAAUUAGUUUAGAAGAUGCUAAAUGUCUUGUAACAAAGCAAGAGGUGCAAGACAAACUAUCAGAGCUAUUAGGUCGCUUAUUAAUAUUAGUAAAAUCUGACGGGAGAACACCAAAAGUCAUAAAAGUCUCUGUGAGGAAAUAUAAUCCUACUACAGGGGGCCAGAGGGAAACCAGACAGUGUCCCCUCAGUGUUUCCCUGGAUAAUCAAACUAAAUUAGUAGAAGUGGCUUAUGGGUUAUUUAAAAAAAUUAUAACAGAGCAAAGCUUUAAAGUUACACUGCUCGGAGUGGGUUUCAGUAAAUUUAUUGAUGUGCCUAAUCAGAAAAACACUUUGGAUGGGUUUUUCAAGCAGUCCAGUGAUGUUAUUGAGCCCCCAAUUAAGAGAAUUAAAUUGGCAAAAGAAGAGAGAUGUCUUAAAUGUCCUCCGGGUGUAGAUAUUGAGGUGUUUGGAGAGUUGCCUUUAGAGGUGCAACAAGAGCUGUGGGACGAACACAAAAGUAAAGAGAGAAAAGUGGUUUCGAAGGGAAAAGUUAAUACUAUGCUCAAUUAUUUUAGUAAGGAGCCGAGGAAGUAGGAUUUGGAUGGUAACAUAUUUGCCCCUGAUGGCCGAAUCCCUGAUGCUGUUCACCGGGGACGAAAUCUGGUCCCGUCAAAUGACCAGGAAUGCCAAAUAUACGAUUCAUGGAAUUAUAGUCGCUCUGGGUACCGUUAUGAUUAUUUGCGGUAACGCUUUGGUGUUCC